AGAAGCCGGACAUUAACCCGACCCACUGACAGGAUGAAGUGCUUUGUGGUCCUGCUGGUUUGCAUCUCCAUUGGGUGGGUCCAUUCCUGCAAAAUCAGGCAGGAAGAAAUUUCUCUAAUAAAGGGAGCAACUGCCACACAAAGCUCCACUUAUAGACCUGAUUACGCGGCUGAAAAAGCCAUUGAUGGUAUCAGUGAUUACAACAUGAUGAGACACCCUUGUGCCCAAACUAGGAGAGAAUAUUCCCCUUGGUGGCAGUUGGACCUGAAAUAUAAUUACAGGGUUGAUUCAGUGGUCAUAGUGAACCGGAGGGACUGCUGCUUUCAUACACUGUUGGGAGCUCAGAUUCGCAUUGGAAAUUCCCCAGAUAAUAACAACCCAGUGUGCGGCAUCAUUACCGACGUCUUCAGACCCAUCAAUCUGUGCUGUAAUGGGAUGGAGGGUCGCUAUGUGAGUGUGGUUAUCCCUGGGCGGGAGGAAGAGCUCACACUCUGUGAAGUGAAGGUUUAUGGUGAAGAUAAUAUUGCAAGAUUGGGAGAAGCCACACAGAGCUCAACCUACAGACCCGAGUACAACGCUGUCACCGCUAUCGAUGGUGAUAGGAACCCAGAUAUGAUGGCGGGCUCAUGUUCCCUCACCGGUAAUGACAACCCGGCUUGGUGGCAGCUGGACCUGAAGAAGAGGUACAGGGUGGGGAGAGUGGUGAUAUUGAACAGAGAGGACUGCUGCAGCGAGCGCCUGUUGAGAGCCGAGGUCCGCGUUGGAGAUUCAGCCGAUAAUAACAACCCAGUAUGCGGCACCAUAACCGACCUCUCCAAAGAAACCAUCACUGUGUCCUGUGAUGGGAAGGAGGGUCAGUAUGUCUCUGUGGUUAUUCCCGGGCGGGAAGAAUAUCUCCAGCUCUGCGAAGUGGAGGUCUAUGAGCAAGAAUAGAAACCUGUUGUACCAAACUGUGAAAAUUCCGACGCAUCAGUAGUGGAAGACGUAGGCAGUUUAUUCAAUUAGAGGCUGAAGAAGACUUUGGCUUAUUAACCUGAAUGAAUCUGCUGUGAAGCAAUAAAUACAAAUGCUGGUUCA